UGGCUGCAUCUCAAAUGGUUCCUCAUUGACUAAAUAGGUGCACUGUGUAGGGCGUAUAAGGCAUAUUUAAUAGAAUAGAUAGUGCACUUCUGUGAGGAGAGUACGGAGCGAUGUGGCAUGCGGCCUAGUGUACAGUGAAAAUGAGUGUUAUGAUGAUGAUGAGGAGGAGGAGGACGUAGGUUUCACGUAGCCAGGCAUUUCAACGCUGCAUCAUUCACUGACCAAGAGACGGCGUCUUUUAUAUACUAAUAUAUAUGUGCUGCACACUCUUCGUGCACCAUAUGACAAUGUCCGGAGGAUAUACACCGAUUUUUCUGAGGUGAAAAUUUUGCAGAAGAACCAACAUCGACGUUAUUUAAGCAGCCAGGCGCGCGCUCGUGAACUGCUGGAGGUAAACUUUAUUUCCUGCAUGGCUCCUGCCUUUCUAGAACUACCUGCUUCUAACUGCAUCCGGAUUGGACAGCUUCUGUGCAGAGAGCUUAUCAGAGCCACGGUUGCCAUGACUUAGACAUACUGCAGUUUCAGAGAUGGAGAAAAAGAAAAUGUGUCAGCGCCUCCUGGACUACCUGGUGGUAGUUGGAGCCAGGCAGCCCAGUAGUGAAAGUGUGGCCCAGACGCCCCAGCUGCUGAGGCGCUACCCGCUAGAGGACCACUCUGACUUCCCUCUUCCCCCAGAUGUGGUGUUUUUCUGCCAACCAGAAGGCUGCUUGAGUGUGCGACAGCGCCGCGUCAGCCUGCGCGAUGACUCGUCCUUCGUCUUUACACUCACUGAUAAGGACUCGGGCGUCACACGCUAUGGCAUCUGCCUCAACUUUUACCGCUCCUUCCAGCGAGGCCACCAUCGCUCACGUUCAGAAUGCAAAGACAAGCCUCCACAGACAGACCCUGCAGUCGAGGCCACUGAGAAAUGUGACCCCUCCACCUUGUCUCUCUCGGGUGACCACACGGUGCCUGUGGCGGGGGAUAGGAUGCCAGAGCCAGGCACCAGAAGGUCACCCCGUCCCAAACGCAGCACCAGGGCAUCAGCACGGAAUCGCAACAGCAUGCUGACGUCACUGUGCAUCCUGAGCCACUACCCAUUUUUCUCCACCUUCAGGGAGUGUCUGUACAUCCUCAAGCGCAUGGUGGACUGCUGCAGCCAGAGACUCAACCAGAGAGCAGGCACUGCCAAGGGUAACCAGCGGGACGCCAUGUGGCGCGUGUUGGCUGGCGCUCUUUCCGUCGAGGAGAAGGAGAAAGGUACUCAACUACUCCAUGACCUGAGGGAAAUGGAAUCGUGGGUGUACAGGCUGCUGCGCUCGCCGGUGCCUGUAGCAGGCGUGCGACGUGUUGAUGUGGAAGUGCUGCCUCCAGAACUGCAGCCGGCGCUCACUUUCGCCCUGCCUGACUCGUCCCGAUUCUGUCUUGUGGACUUCCCACUGCAUCUGCCCUUGGAGCUACUGGGGGUGGACGCCUGCCUGCAGGUGCUCAGCUGCAUCCUGCUUGAACACAAGGUGGUACUUCAAUCUCGGGAUUACAACGCUCUCUCCAUGAGUGUGAUGGCUUUUGUGGCCAUGAUCUAUCCUCUGGAGUACAUGUUCCCUGUCAUCCCUCUACUGCCCACCUGCAUGGCUUCAGCUGAACAGCUCCUGCUAGCACCCACUCCAUACAUCAUCGGCGUGCCUGCCAGCUUCUUCCUGUAUAAAUCAGACUUUAAGAUGCCUGAUGAUGUUUGGCUGGUGGAUCUGGACUGCAACAAGGUCAUUGCUCCCAACAAUGCAGAAAUACUCCCACCUUUGCCUGAACCAGAAGCCACGGAGUUGAAGAAACACCUGAAGCAGUGUCUGGUUAGGUUGACUGUGAUCACCCAAAAGCAGAUCUUCGCCUCCGACACAAAGGCUUUGGCUAGUAUGAGUCUGAACACUCAGCCUAUUCUAAACCUGGAGAAGUUCCAGGAGGGACAAGAUCUGCCUCUUCUGCCUCCAGGCCGUGAUAAGUCCUCCCCCUCCUCCACCGAGUUUAACCCUCUUAUUUAUGGAAAUGAUGUCGACUCUGUGGAUGUGGCCACAAGGGUGGCGAUGGUGAGAUUCUUCAACUCUGCAAACGUACUGCAGGGGUUUCAGAUGCACACACGCACACUGCGACUCUUCCCACGACCUGUGGUAGCCUUUCAAGCCACGUCUUUCCUGGCAUCAAGGCCACGACGCACCGGCUUUGCCGAGAAGCUCUCACACACACAGGCUGUGGAAUAUUAUGGGGAGUGGGCCCUAAACCCUACAAACCUGGCCUUCCAAAGGAUUCAUAACAAUGUGUAUGACCCCUCCCUGAUAGGUGAUAAGCCUAAGUGGUACGCUCAUCAGUUGCAGCCUGUGUUUUAUCGUGCGUAUGAUGGAAACUCGCAGCUUGCGGAGGCUAUAAGUGGACCACUGGAGGAUGAUGGUAAUGAGUCGGACCCUACAGAUGACAGUGGAAGUGACAGUGAGGCAUAUGAUGAUUCCAGCUCUUCUUACUCAUCACUGGGAGAUUUUGUGAAUGAAAUGAUCAAAGGGGACAUCCAGGGUGACACACCAAAUGUUGAUCCCUUGACGCAUGCAGCUCUGGAGGAUGCUAGUGAAGUAGAAAUCCAUGAAUUCCAGGAGUAUAAGGGUGAGAGUGAGGAGCGUGGGUCUGAGAUUGAGGGUGCUGCUGAGGCCACAGAUGGCCAGCCACAUCGCUCCAGCUCCAGCACCACAGCCAGCUCCAGCCCUAGCACCAUCAUCCAGGGAGUGAAUCAUGAGCCAACAGAGCCUGUUGAGAUUGAGGCAUCAGCUAGUGUGGCUCUACAGAGCUCGGUCCCUGGAUUAUGUCUCCCACCUUUCACUCGAACCAGCCCAGAGCCGACACCUACAGACUCAACAAGUAAGAAGCGAGAGUAUGAUAACCCAUAUUUUGAGCCCCAGUAUGGUUUCCCUGCAGAAGAGGAAGCUGACAGUGAGGAGCAAGAGGAGAGCUACACACCACGCUUCCACCAGAAUAUCAAUGGAAACAAGCCAUCUCGCCCAUUGAGGCCCAGCAGCCUGAAACUUCCAGGCGAGUGUGAUGGAGAAGGAGACUCUAAGAACAGUUCUCCCAACUCCACCAUCUCCAACAACAGCGGUGAUGGCUUCGGAGGACUCAUGUCUUUUGCAAGUAACUUGUAUAAGAACCACGGCACCAGCUUUAGUCUGUCCAGUCUGGCUCUGCCUAACAAAGCAGCCAGAGAGAAGAACACUCCUUUCCCAAGUCUUAAAGUAUUUGGGCUAAAUUCUCUAAUGGAGAUUAUAACAGAGGUCGGCCCGGGGAGCGGAGAAGGCUCCCGUGCUCCUCGAGCACUGGUGGAUCAAAAGUCUUCGGUAAUUAAGCACAGUCCCACUGUAAAGAGAGAGCCACCUUCACCCCAAGGCCGAGCCAACAACACCAGUGAAAAUCAGCAUUUCCUAAAGGAUGUGGUGCUGAGCGUGUUGGAUGGCCAGGGUGUCGGUUGGCUCAACAUGAAGAAGGUGCGGCGUCUGCUGGAAAACGAGCAGCUGCGUGUCUUCAUGCUUAGCAAGCUCAACCGCGCCAUCCAGUCAGAAGAGGACGCUCGGCAAGAAGUCAUCAGAGAUGUGGAGAUUAACAGAAAGGUGUAUAAAGGCAUGUUGGACCUGCUGAAAUGCACAGUUUCCAGUCUGGAGCACUCCUACACUAAUGCAGGCCUAGGUGGCAUGGCCAGUGUGUUCAGCCUGUUAGAAAUUGCACGAACCCACUACCAAACCAAAGAGCCAGAGAAGCGAAAGCGGAGUCCCACGGAUGGGGCGAGCAGUCCGGGCAGUAAGGAGAGCCCGUCUGUUCGCAUUGAGAGUGCCAGAGCGGCAGGCGUGCUCCUGAUGCCCAGAAUUCAGCUGCCACCCCCUCCCUCUGGGAAAGGGGCACGCCAGUUUGACACCCGGAGUCUGAACGAAGAGAAUUUUAUUGCUUCUAUUGAAUUGUGGAGCAAGCACCAGGAUAACAGAAAGCAAAAAGCUAUGGAAAAAGAACAGAGGGCGGAUGGGGCAAAACAGCGUCCAGAAGGGGGCGACACAGAGGAGAAGAAAUCACAGAUCAGUGCGGACAGUGGCCUCAGUGUGACCUCAGGCUCUCAGAAGAGUGAUACGGAGUCGUUGGCGAGUUCAGAGCCUCCAGUUUUGACGAGGAGUACCAGUCAGGACUCUGAGGCCAGCACAGUGGUGAGUAACAGCUCAGGUGAGACACUGGGGGCUGACAGUGACCUGAGCAGCACAGCUGGAGACGGACUGAGCGGCCGUCCCUCUCCGCACCUCGCACUGUCUCGCUCCACUCUCUCAGACAGCGAGAUCGAGACCAACCCUGCCACCAGCUCUGUGUUUGGAAAGACCCAUAAGCUGAAGCCUGGUGUGAAGGAACCUGUUGGGGGUGUGGCUAAGGGAGCUCCUGCACCACCCCUUGAAGAUCUUAGCCUGAGGAUCUACCUGUGUGAGGGGCUUCUGGGGAGGGAUAAGAGCUCAGUGUGGGAUCAGCUGGAGGACGCUGCCAUGGAAACGUUCUCUCUGAGUAAGGAGCGCUCUACUCUGUGGGACCAGUUGCAGUUUUGGGAGGACGCAUUUCUGGAUGCUGUAAUGCUUGAAAGAGAGGGAAUGGGUAUGGACCAGGGACCACAGGAGAUGAUUGACAGGUACCUGUCACUGGGUGAACAUGACCGUAAGAGACUGGAGGAUGAUGAGGACAGACUGCUGGCAAAUCUUUUGCACAACAUGAUAGCCUACAUGCUAAUGAUGAAGGUGAAUAAGAAUGACAUCAGGAAGAAGGUCCGCCGUUUGAUGGGGAAGUCUCACAUCGGUUUGACAUACAGCCAAGAGAUCAAUGAAGUCUUGGACCGCCUAGCACAGAUGAACGGAAGGGAACUUCCCAUAAGGCCGAGUGGAAGCCGCCAUAUAAAGAAGCAGACUUUUGUAGUGCAUGCUGGGACUGAUACCACAGGCGACAUAUUCUUCAUGGAGGUGUGUGAUGACUGCAUCGUACUACGCAGUAACAUCGGGACAGUGUAUGAACGGUGGUGGUACGAGAAGCUGAUCAAUAUGACCUACUGUCCCAAGACCAAAGUGCUCUGUCUGUGGAGGAGGAAUGGACUAGAGACACAACUUAACAAGUUUUACACGAAGAAGUGUCGGGAGCUGUACUACUGCGUCAAAGACAGCAUGGAGCGUGCAGCAGCAAGACAGCAAAGCAUUAAACCAGGUCCAGAACUGGGAGGAGAGUUCCCUGUGCAGGAUAUGAAGUCGGGUGAGGGGGGUCUCCUGCAGGUCACCCUCGAGGGGAUUAAUCUCAAAUUCAUGCACAGCCAGGUUUUCAUAGAGCUGAAUCACAUUAAAAAGUGCAAUACAGUGAAGGGAGUCUUUGUCCUGGAGGAAUUUGUUCCUGAAACUAAAGAAGUGGUGAUCCAUAAGUACAAAACUCCCAUGGCACAUCAGAUCUGUUACUCUGUGCUCUGUCUCUUCUCCUACGUGGCUGCAGUGAAGGGGAAGGAGGCAGAGGGCAAACCCAAGAUGCUGUCCCCUCGCCCAUUACCCAGCUAGUGCACCCUUCUGCCUGCUGUAUUAUAUUCUGGUUCUGUCCAAAACCUCCCUGUAAAAGCUACACUAUAACUUAUUCUCCAGAUUAUCCACACAUCUGCUUCUUUACUGCUGUCUUGAGCCUCUGGCUUACUUGCCUGUCCUGGACAGUAUUCCUUACACUUAUCCACCCUCUCACAGUAUUUAAUCAAGAUCAACGGCAAGUACAUAUUACAAGUAUAAAAAUACUGUUUUCCCUCCAGACAUUCUUAUAUAUCAGAAUGGAACAGUAACCACACCCCCUGCAGAUCUUUCCUCAACUCCUAUUCGUCACUGUCCUCGUUUUUUGCCUCUAGUGAGCCAUACUGCCAUGCUGCUGUCCCCUUCUCUUGCACGUGAUCAGAGGUGCCCAUAUCCACACUAUGCCAACACUAAAAAUCAGCAUUGGUGUGUGCAGAAAAGUGCCCUCUGUCCUAGCAAGCUUCUCCUUAACCCAUCCUUAGAAAUCCCAGAAAAAUAAUUCUGUGUAGUCACUGGGAACGUACCAUCUGUCCUGUCCAAUGAUGAUUUAAAAUGCUUCAUGUUAUGGGGCUACAGAGUGUGUGUUUGUGUGAGUUGUGUGUGUGUGUGCGUGAGCGAAUGUGAGCCUUAGCAGGACCACACAGUGCUUAAGUGUUUCAUUCAGCCUGUUCCCUCUGCUGUAUUUGGUCCAAGGUGUGUGUACAUCUUUAGCUUUGCCUUGAGCCUACUGUACUAGUUUUACUGUAAAACUGUCUGUGAACAGCUGUGAUAAAUUGCAUGUUGCUGUAAGAAAAUGAAAAAAAAAAAGCUAAUGAAAAACACUGAAUAGUAAUACAAAAAACCCUAUGCUGUACAUUUCAC